UGGAAAGUCCUGACAUCGUUACAUCGGCCACAUCCUCGCGCAUGGAUUAUAAAGCAUACUUAAUUCAAGACAGCCACCCUACCUAAAGAGCUUGGUAUUGUCUGCUCCACAGCUGACACUGUCACUUCUGCUCUGCCUCUGCAGACAAGGACACUUCAACCUCUGCUCGAGCAUCUUCACACCCCAGAGACUCCGCUUCUACCAACAGCUCCAACUUAAACUAAACAGAGAUGGAGGGUCAUGCGGCGCUGUUUGCCCUGCUUCUGUGCAUCUCUGCUGCAGCCUCUGCUUCAAGCCAGACGUGUGUUCCAAAACAGGGUAAUGACAACCCAUGGGUGCACGUGACUGAAGAACUAAUUGGCUGUUGGACCAGCUUCGUCAGACAGGACAACGCAGAGGUCCACAUCCUCAGCCUCAACUUUGCCACCCCGGAUUCCAACAUGUUUUCUCUCGAAAUGAACAAUACCAAGCCAAUGAACCUCAUCCUCACAUCGCGAGUCAAAUCCUUUGCCCUACACAACCUGAACACUGAUGUAAAACUUUAUGUAAAAAAUGACUCCAACAUUACCCUUUAUUCUAACGUACAUAACAACAACGUCUACAAGAGAGACUUUCCCUCUGAAGACGAGGAGCUGGUCAAGUGGGCGAGUCAGGAGUUUGGGGGUGUAACUUCAUUCACCACAAUCCGAAAUCUGAUAAAGCUGACGUCGACAGGAACAAACGGAACCAAACCAGGCUCCUCUAUCUGCACACUUAGAAAUGAAGAUGCAUCAAAGAAGGACUUCAUGAAGAUUAAAUACACCUUGUCUUCAUCUUGCUCCCCACCGCAACAGAAUCCAAAUGAUGAAACUGAGCUUCACAUCAUAAACAUCCCAGAGAGUGCCAUCCCUUGCAAUGUUUCAGUCCGCGUUGACACUCAGAAAACCAGUUUGUUCCUGAGAGGCCCUCAGGGCACCACAUGGACCUUCAUCAACCUACUGCACACACAUUUUGGUUCUAACAAUGACAUCCUGCUGCCCACCAUCAAACACAGAAUCGCGCCUUCAAUCACACUGAACAGCGACAAUGCAGGGGACGUGCAAAGGAAAGCUUUAGAUUAUUUCAAAGCCAGUACAUUCACCAGCUACACUGAAGUCAGACCAGAGAGUUCUAUGAUCCUUCUGGUUCUUAAAAGAGAGGAUAACUCUGAAGCUAAAGAAACUGCAGCAACAACAGUUACCCCCAUCACCACUGACGCCACCCAUCAGAUGCCCCUGCUGAUGCAGCUAUACACCUCCCCAGACUACCAAUCUCCAAUGGACCCUAACACCAGGGUGCCGAGUAACAAGAGGAUUUAUGCAGAGAUCUCAGGGCACACCUUUGGGGAUAUUGUCUUGACCAUUAAGGUGAUCAGCUGCUUUGUGCGCUCCACUGGCUCAUGCUCUGUAGUGAAAGAGUUGCCCUUCAUGCCAGAGGCUUGCUCUGCAAAUUCUUGUCCCAACAGCACCCGACUGAGCUUCUCCUUAGAUCAGCUCCAAGAGCUGACCACCACCACGUGGGACCUGGAAUGCUCUGUCAAACUUUGCUACAGUGAGAAAUGUGGAGAUGGAGGAAGAGUGAAGAGGAAUCUGGAGGUUACCCAGCCGUGUCUGCAACCACCAACCCAACCGUGCAUUGAUUUCAGUCUACCUGGUGUACUGGGCAUUGCAUUUGGAGGGUUCCUGAUUGGAGUAUUACUUAUUGGAGCACUGUGGUUUAUCAAAAUAAAAACAGGUUACCCAACUGGACUGGACAUUAGCUCAACUGCAGCAAAUCUUACUGGAUGUCCCUGCUCAGGAGCUAAACGACAACCAGUUUCUAACAACCCUUCCCCUUCUGAGAACAGUAGCGCCAAUGCAAGCAUUGGAAGCACCCAAAGCACACCGACCAGCAGCAUGGCAUGAGAUUAUGGUAAUCUUCACCACCAGCAGAGCCACUGUCUUCCUUCAAAGUCACCUAUACGGGUUAUGUGCUUUUGUUUUCUUUAUUAAUGCUUAUAAAGCAUUUCCAUUUUUAAUUCUCAUUAUGAAGCACAAUUUAUGUCUUUGACCCACCAAGCCUGAAAUGGAUCUGUCCUGGGAGGGUUUUUUUUUUGGUGGAUUGGAGCGGCUAGUAGCUGUGUGAGGGAUAACAGAAGUCUAAUCAGUGGCCUCUGACGCUUACCUCUGUAUCCUCUCUGUUAAGUCAAGCUCCUAGACAGGAAGUUAAGGAGGGCAAAAGGACACAAAAAAAAAGAAAAUUGGCUCCCAGCAACAGGAAAAACAAACCAUAUCCCCCAUGAGCUUACAGGAAAUUCACUGCAUUCCUUUCAAUGAAUUGUGCUUGCCUGAUGGAAGCACAAUAAUACUUAACAGGAGACAAUCCAGUCAAAAGAUCGUCUUUGAAAAACAGAUUAAAAGCUGUUUUGCAUUCACAUCCAAGCUUCUUCAAUCCAAAGGGCUCCUGGCUAGGUCAGUCCAAAAUGUUAUCAACAACGUCUAGGGGACUGAAAAGCUCAUCAUGUUAGGAUCUCAAACCCAUCAAUGAAAUGCUCACUUUAAGGGCUAUUUGUCUUAAUUGGAGUUUGAGGUCAAUAGUUAACAGCUACCUCCUGUUUUUAAGAAAUCUGGAGCUAAGUUUAAACUUAAAACUAGAUUUCUCUGGUGAAUUGAUAUUAUUUUCUGCUUUAUUCUUAAUGUUAUGUAUUCUGUGUCACUUUUGGUUCAUCUUUAAGUUCAUCUUCUGGGUCAUUUGUAGCUCACAAAACAAAGUCAUGGUGUCAUUUUUAUGCGAUGCGAUAGCUGUAAAGAGCCUUUUUAUGAAAGUCUUUGUUCCAUUGUUUAUUGAAAGUUAAAUACAAAUAUACUUACACUUCUUAAUUACGCAAUAAAAUGAUCUUACAUUGCAUUAUUUUCCCUAAAAGAAGCAAUAAAUGAAGCACCAUUAGGUGGAAAAACGUGUAAGCUGAGACAUAAUCACUCUUGUAAUGUAAAUCACAGCAUGAAGAGAUGCAUGGCUGUAUCCAGAGCUGAGUAAUGUGCUUAUAAUGAGGAGUUUGUACCAAAUCUAUCCGGCGUCAGACUUUCACUGUAUAAGGAUUAAAGCGCCACUAAUACAGCUACGCCCACAGGGUGGAGUUUCCCCAAAAUAGUCUGUCUGGAGGUUGAAUUCCAGUACUUUUCCUUUGCACAUAUCCAUUUCAGUCCAAAUUGUUUUCACCAUACUAUGAAUGAUAUGUCUCUGUUUUACUAAAUUCUAUUUUGAUAAGUUUUUGCCUCGCAAUCAAUUCUGUGAGAUGAGAAGCUAAUGUUUUAUUAAAGAAAUGUGUUACAAAACCCCAUUUCUGUUGAAACUGACAAUCUUAGACCUGUUGAGUUACAAUAAUCCAAAUAUAGAUCAAAUAUAUAUAAAAGAAACACCCCACCCCAACGUUCCCUAUGUUUUUAAUUUAAACUUCCCGUUUAAGUCACCAGUUCUGAUUACAGCCUACUAGGACUAGCAUGAUCAAUAGUAAAAACAGUAUAAGGCCAUGUUAUAUGUAUUGCAAUAACAUAUCCUCAUUCACCAUUUGUACUCCAAUACCAAUACAAAUAAAAGCUCACACAAUUUGAUACAUAAUUGUGAGCCUCUAUUUCAGUCAGAAAAUUAGCUUAUGGAGGAGGUUGGGUUAAUUGAUGGGUUUAAUCAAACAGAAGACUUUGUGUUUAGUAUUAAACAAAAAGUCAAAGAUGAUUUACUUAUUUUAACCCAACCCAAACAUUUGAAUUGUUCAUGUUCUGCACUGAACUGUUGCUGGACUUAAGUUGAAGAUUAUUUGAAAAAUAACAAGUGAUCUUUUUGUAAGAUAUCAUACGGACUGUUUUAUGAGGAUAUGUUAGUUGCAACUACACAUCAGUCAAUCAUUAAUGCUUUUUACCCCAUAAAGAGUGCUUUAAAACAUAUUUCCAGGUAUCACACAACAUGCCAAAUACUAUGGAAAUUGAGCUUUGUGAGAGACAAGUUUAACUUUCAAAUGAUUAACCUCUGCUCCCUGCUUUGAUAGGCUGCUUCAGGCCCUGCAGUGCUAAGGCUAGACAGAACAUGUAUAGAUGCAUAAUAAGGAACUCAUGAGAGCUAAAACUGUAGUGACGGUUGAUCCGUAAAUCCAAUAUUUGGUUCAAUGUAGGACUGUCAAUGUAUUUACUGUUAUUACUGUUACCUCUAAAAACAUAUUUUCAGCAAUUGUUUUGUGGUAUCAAUCAGACAUGUGUAUUCACAGAACAUAGCUUUGGCACAUGCACCAAAAUUGUGAUUUUUAAAAAUGUUUCUUUAUAAAUAUUUGACUCACUAAUCUACUUGUACAUGCAUAUAUAUGUAUAUAUUCACACUCCCGAUAGUUACUUUGCCUUCUUUGGUUAAAAUAAUUUAUUCGCUUUCAAACGUAAUCACAGAAAUAUUCAACGUUUCCGAAGUAACUGCAUUUCCAAAAUGUCUCCUCAUUGUAUGUGAGCUAUGUAGCUUAUUACCCGCUCUCCUACUCAGCGGGCGUGCAUGUACAGUACAUUUCUCUGUGCAUGCUUAAUCUCCUUGUUGUAUUUUGUGAUACGGAGAACAAAGAGGGCCAGUACAAAUUUCCACUUGAGUAUUUGUGCAAUAUGAUGAGGUAAACUCCUAUGUAAUGUCUAUAUGUAUUUUUUUUACCAUGUUUUUUUAUUGUAAGUGUUGUAUGAUAUGAGGCAUUUUCUUAACAUGCUUUGUUCUUUUACAUUUUCGGAGAACUGGGACAAUUCCUAAUCAUGGCACUUGUCAAAUGCAUAACAUUUGUUUUGUAUUGUAAUCUUUGUUUUUUUUUAUCCCCAUAUAGAUUUGACUUUCAAUAAUAUUGUAGUCAGACAGUGCGUGUCACAUCACAAGUCGAAGACAAAAGUUGGAUUUUUGCUAACUCUACAAUUCCCCUGCUGUCCAAAACAUGGCAUAUUUCUGCUGAUACUGACAUCCUGACAUUGUUUUGUGUUCAUUUUGCUAUCUUCAGUGGGUGUGAUGGGGAAGUGCAUUCUGAAAAACACAAUGUCUGUCCAAAAACGCAUCCCAGGAAAAGUGUUCAUCACUCACAAACUUCUCCUGUACAUGGAAGGCUCAAACUUAAGAGUGAAAAUGUUUGGCUGGUGAGAACUUUUUUCUUUUAAUUGUAGGAUAUAUAUUUUUUAAAUGUCAGGUAGGCCGUACCUGUGUUAAACGAUUCCCAGUGACACAUUCUGUCUGAGCACUGACAGUAAAAUCAGACAGGCUGCCAGUUUAUUCACCUGUAGAUCUUCGUUACCUCUGAAAACAGCUUCCUCCAAAACGGACGGUCUGUGUCUGUGUUUGUGUCUGUGUGUCUGUGUCUGUACAACAAACUAUACCUGCAUUUAUGUGAGCACAACAAUGUCCAAAUUAUGAAUUCUUAUUAAAGAAGCCUGAACAUGUCAGAAUGUCUCCUUAGAUGCAGAGUUACUUUCAAACCAUUUAAAAUGGAUCUAUUUCUUGAGACAGUACUCAACUGAUGUCAUGUACCUUCAUGUUGUCUGUGAAGAAAUAUAUGUUUUGUCCAGAUUUAUCUUAAUAAAGUGAAUAUGACAAACGCUA